UCGUAGUGGUUCUGUCAGGGGGCAUGUCCUCCAGGAGCGCUUUGUCUUUGUAGUAAACAACUGGUGCUAAUGCAAGGCCAGCAGAUUUAAUUCCGACCUCUUAGAUAGCAUCAUCCUUUAUACUGUCAUCAUACAGUGAAGCGAUCGGGGAAACAGCUCUAAUUGUCCGGUUGUCCAGUAGUUAGCCUUGAUAUUAGCCGAGGCCUGUCAGUUAGCUACAGUGACAUUACACUGAGGGAAACUUCUCCCAUGACACCGAUUUUCCUCCGGUAAGUGUGGCCUGGAAAAACAAACCCCACCACCACAAUGACAGCUCAGGAGGGAGAGGGAUGGGGAGGCGUUAACCUGUCGCCUCACCUGCACACGGACGAGUGUAAUGAGCUAAUAACCCUUCUGAGGCAGUGUCACCAGGAGCACAAAGUCCUGAAGUUCUUCGGGACGUGUAAUGACGUGGACCGGGCGAUGCGGGAGUGCCUGAAGAAGGAGAGACUGGAAAAGCGAGAGCGCAGCAAGCAGCACGCAAAAGAGAUGAAAAAGAAGCUGAGAGAAGGACCGAAGGAGCCUCUGUGAAGGACAAGUUAUUCUAAUGUUGUCACUUGUACUGGACAUUGAACUCAGCAUGACGCUGCUUUAAAGGUUUUCUCUUCUCUUAUUGUGCUGAGAUUAUGGAGGAUUUGUAACUCUGAGAAUAGACGGUUUGAUUCAGCUGUGUUUUUGCUUUGACACUUCACUGUGCAGCUAUAGAGGCUGAUGGAGUCCAGGUUCAGUUUGUAGCUCAUUAUAACUUACAGGUGUGUCCCCCUCCAAAAAAUUCAUUUCCUAUUUUCCAAAAAGUCGGUUCAGUGAAAGUUUCAUAUACAUUUUAUAUUCAUUGCACAUAACUUAAAAUAUUUAAAGCCUUUAAAGUGUUGAAAAUGAAGAAUGCUGUAUCUAAAAUAUAGUUUAAGUCCAAUCAGAGGCCAUUGUUGUAAUUAGAAAUUUCAAAAAUGAGUAUGGAAAUAAGUGACAAAGCCAUUAUUUGGGAUGUACCUGUGUAUUUUCAGCACCUGCUGUACUUACACUCCAGCUCAGCAGGUGGCAUACAUGCACCCAUAUGCAGGUUUUAUGAACAUGAGAGGACUUUUGACAUGUUUAAUAACCUGCUUUGGCUCAGUAAGUAUCACAAUCUUAGAGUGUAAAUGUGAAUUUGGCCUUAAACAGACCUAGACAUGCUGAUAUGUUGCGCGUAUGAAAUACAACCUGGUGUCUGUUUCAAAAAGCUGAUUCAAUGAAAACAUUUUCAUUUUAAGUUAAGAGAAAUGCAGGGUUUUACAUUCAUGAAAUUUUCCUCAGUUCAGUUCUGAGUCAGUCGUAUUAACAGAGUUUAACCUGCUGGCUGGCCAAAACCCAGUUUCUCACCCUCUCCUCCCUUAAUCCCUGAAGCAGCUGUCAAACACAGGCUGUCCUCUCCUCAUUUAACUCACCGCUGCCGAGGCUGAAGAAACCACUCAGACUUCUUCCAGGAUACAGUUUUAGACCGGAUCAAACAUGCUGACCAUUCUCAGAUGAAGUGAUCUGAGUUAUCUCACUGCGGAUGUUCUCUUACUUUUAAAGUCAUGCAGAAGUUUAGUAUCCUGCCUUACCUCUGUUCUUACCUGUACAGAUUUUACUGCUUCUGUCUCCAAACUCUUUGUCUCAAAGAGCCCAAAAUAAAAAGUUGUGGCUCUGGUGUUCUGUGGGAAGAUAUUUUUAAGUAAAUUAUCAUCUAUUUGGGGUUAAUGUUGCAACAAGUUGAACCAUUGGUGGAUACUAUCUGGGCUUCUUUGUCUAACAUUUAGAGGAAAGCCAAAGAUGCGUCAUCAUGAGGCUGUCAGCCAAGAAAAAUAAACCGUUUUUAGAGCACGUCUCACUUAUGAUUAAUGCCCAUUGUGACGUAAAUGAAAACAGUUUUGUUGCAAAUUUCCCGAAAUAUGUAGUCAUCGCAUGUGCUAAACUCAAGAGUUUUCCCUCUGAGUUCCGAGGAAUAUCCAUGGAUUGUUCAACCUGUUUGAUCAUGCUGAUUAUUUGAUAUAUCUUUGCUUAUUUCUGAUAUUUAAACAACUGUGCAACGUUAAAAAGAGCUGCAGAUUAUAAAACAUUGAAAUCACUAGUUAGUUUUGAUGAUCUUCUUGAUUAAACUGCAGCCAAGCGCUGUGACACCUGAAGAAUGUUCUGGUACCAGAGAAAGCUACAACCUAACUCCACAUGAACACAGUCCGUAUUGUUUUGUUUGAAUGAGGAAUCAUAUUGAUUCGAUCGAAUUAUUUUCAAAUAAAGUGAAGCUACUUGUUCACUGAAGAAUCCA